AUGCUCCGCACCCACCCAUCGCAGGUGAGCGUGGCAGCUGGAGAGUUGGCUAAAAGCAUCGACCCAAGAGCUCCCCUGGGACAACUGCCCGGUGGGAAUAGUGAUUACAAGAAGAAGAAGCGUUCGCAGAAAAAGCGAAAGCCUAAAAAGAAGAGCAACUCCACCGAAACUGAAGAUACCAAAAUCACUCACCUUCCCACUGUUUCUAUCGAUAGUCAGGCUUCCGUAGGAAACCACGCCCUGACCGACACCAAUGAAUUGAAAUCGGCACCUCAGGGUUCAGAAACCCAGGAGGCUGAGACAGUUCUUCAGGCCAUCGAGAAAUCGACUCAUAAAACGGAAACAUCGUCAGACACUUCCACCCCUUUGCAAACAGAUGAAGACGCGUCUGGCAGUGACGUCGAAAACGCCCUGGGCGAGAAACCUGUCGAAGAAGUUUCUGUUCAGGAGCAAUCCCAUAUCUCUGAAAACGGUAAAAUUGCUGAGGCAUCUGUUUUCAUUCCAGCAGAGAAAGAAAAUGAUCUUUCGAAAAUCGAAACCGAUGAUGGUGAACAUAUCGACGUCCAUACCACAUCCGACAAUAAUCAAGCAGGUGACUGCAUCAAAACUCUUGAAUCUCAAAGCCACAUUUCCGCCGAGAGCUAUUCAGAGGGCGCUGCGACACGGGGUCAAACCAAAGAGCUGUCCGAGAAGAGAGACAAGGAUUCGAAAAUUCCUGACAAGCAAAGACACGUGGGAAAGGGGCGUGCGAGCAGUGUCCCGCGUUCCUUCUGUCCGCUCUCUAAAUUUGAACGCCUAUUGUCAAAUCGAGGUGACAUACAGAUUCCCCUUGAGGAAGUGGACGUCUCAAAGGAAACACGCCGAUGGCCCCGGCAUGAAAAACGUUUCCACUUCAGAAGCCUAAGUGUACCUCCUCGCAUGUCUGGCAUGGAUGAGACCGAUAUCAAGAAGAGCCGCGACAUGGCUGAUCUCGCAAUUACUGCCGACUCGAUUUCGCCAGUGGGAAAGGUUGCUGAGAUUGAUGAAUCCUCACCCCCUUUUGAAAACAUUGAGAAAAGAGAGUCGGCGAAGCCAGAGAUUUGUCUUGUUCAAGAAGGAAGCGGAAAUUCCACUCCAUCCGUUCAAUCCGCACAGCUCAUUCAGCCCGAAAUCACUAUGACAACUUCGCCCACUGCACGGCUGGCCGCCGAUCCGGCAAUAAUAUAUGCUGAACUUACAUCACCUGAAGGAUCCUCGGAUAAGUGGUGCGCUGAAAACCAGAGUACAACUGAUGCCAGCACGACAUCCCCAACUUUUGAGAAUCUUAUCGCCAGACUGGCUGAUUCAAAAAGAAAGAUCGACCUUGGAAACGACGAGGCCGGGAAACCAUGCCAUAAUCCAGAGGCAAGACCAUUCAUUCCUUCUCAACAAAAACCGGGAGAGGUUAACGGUUGUCAAAUGCAUCCGCGACCCAACUUCUUUCCACCUACUCCCCCCUCCAGCUUCCAGCCACUCAUCGCGCCCCCAUUCCCUCACCAAAUGGGACAUGCAUACCUUCCUUCUCAAAUCGAUCAAUCGUUCGUUGGGCGCAUGCCAACUCAAUUCUCACCUAUUGGUUUUCCGCCUGUGCCACCACGUUUUGGUACAUAUUUACCUCAUAUUCCGAUUCCUACUCCGCCGGGUACUCCGAUAGCGGCCCCGGUUUGGCCCUUGAUGCCGAAUCAAAUGCCUUUCAGAGGAUUUAAUUACCCUGUCGCUCCAUUUCCGGUUUGGCCGCCUCCACCAAUUCCUUUCAAUGGUGGGUACCAACAGCAUACCAAUUUUCCUCCUAUGCCGAUGAGUAGCGGCUUUCAUCAAAAUAUCAACUACCCUCCUAUGCCGAUGUACACUGGAUAUCAGCAUAAUUUGAAUUUCCCUCCUCAGGAGGUGAACCGCGGGUAUCAGCAAGGUAUAAUCCAACCACCUGUGACAGUUGGCAGCGGAAAUCAACAGGAGUUUAAUGGGCCGCAUAAGCCGAGUAGUAGCAUGCAGCACCAGAAUUUGAACGCACACGACGUGAGCCAUGCAGCCACGCAGCCUCCACGGGUCGAAAUCCAACAACCAUGCAACAGCCGCAAUAGGAGAUAUCGUAAAGCCAAGCGAUCUGAUCUCCAUUCAGACAGCCCGGCAGCUGCGAACGGUCAGAGCUGGGAGACUGGUCGGCAAUUUCAGCCUCAUCAGUCGAACACCAGCGCCAUGGGUAUGUCGCAUGCUCCAGUGUGGCCUCUUCAGCAAUCCGGCUACCCCAAUACUUUCAACCCCGGAGUUGGUUUUCACAAUAGGAUGAUGCCUUUCCAGCAAUGGCAGAGGUGUUGAUUGGAUAGGUAAUUUUGCAGACAUGGAUCUUCAUUCUGAGAUCACGUUGAGUUUUUCGUCCUUGGCUGACAGACUCUUUCAUCUUGUAUUCUUUUGUUGAUUCUUCCUGAAGCCAUGCAUUUUUCUUUCUCGCACAAUUCUUUGAAGUAAAUUGACAGGGUUUCUCUUUUUAUUUCCUUUUAGCA